UCACCCCGCACCGGCACAAAUAUCAGAGUUGGAUCAGACCCUAGAUGUCAGUUUAAUCCCAGCUCUGUCUCUCAUUUUCCCGAAAGGAAAGCUAGGGCCCGAGAAAGGACAGAAAUUUUGCUCAGGAGAACCUAGUUCGCCAGCGGCGGAGUCUGGACUCUCCGUCAUUUAAAACGCACGUUCCUUAAACGCUCAGAGAGAUUGGCCCCGAUGACUCCAUAGACCAAACAAAGGACUUGAUGCGGGUCCUCAGGGAGCUCGCUUUCCUUUGCCGCCGCCUCGGCUCCCGGGGAGCAGAGGGGACCGAAAUAUAGAUACAGGCAUCCUGUCUCUGUGGCUCAGCCCCCUGCAUCUUGUGUGGCUGCUGCCCCUCCAGCCGCAAUUCCACCAUCAGCCGCCUUGCCUUCACCUUCUUAUUGUUUCUUGGGGUCCUGGUGGCUGUCAUUAUGCUCAGUCCUGGAGUGGAGAGCCACCUAUAUAAGCUGCCCUGGGUGUGUGAGGGGACUCCCUCCACUUUGGGUAUCGAAGGCCAUGUGGACUGUGGAUCCCUGCUAGGCCAUCGAGCUGUCUACCGUGUGUGCUUUGCCCUGGCUGCUUUCUUCUUCCUCUUCACCCUGCUGAUGAUCUGCGUGAAGAACAGCAAGGACCCUCGGGCUGCCAUCCAGAAUGGGUUUUGGUUUUUUAAGUUCCUGGUUCUUCUAGGAAUCAUUGUGGGUGCCUUCUAUAUCCCAGAUGGCUCCUUCACCAAUGUCUGGUUCUACUUUGGUGUGGUUGGCUCCUUUCUCUUCAUCCUAAUCCAGCUCAUCCUGCUGAUCGACUUCGCACAUUCUUGGAACCAGAGCUGGCUGUGGAAGGCCGAAGAGCGCGACUCCCGGUGCUGGUAUGCAGGCCUCUUCUUCUUUACCUUCCUCUUCUAUGGAAUCGCCCUUACUGCCAUAGCACUCAUGUACAUCUACUAUACCCAUUCGGGGGCCUGCUAUGAAGGCAAGGUCUUCAUCAGCCUCAACCUGGUCUUCUGCAUUUGUGUCUCCAUUGUGGCUGUUCUACCCAAGGUCCAGGAAGCCCAGCCAAACUCGGGCCUGCUACAAGCCUCCGUCAUCACUGUCUACACCAUGUUUAUCACCUGGUUGGCUCUGACCAACAUCCCUGACCAGAAAUGCAACCCCAACCUCCCAACAGUGGCCAACACAACCAGCACGGAUCCUUCCAAGGGCUACACUACGCAGUGGUGGGAUGCGCCCAGCAUCGUGGGCUUGAUCAUCUUCAUCCUCUGCACCAUCUUCAUCAGCAUCCGCUCUUCUGACAACAAGCAGGUGAACAGCCUGAUGCAGACGGAGGAGACCCCCCCAAUGCUGGAGGACCAGCAGCAGGUGGUGGAGGGCCGGGCCUAUGACAACGAGCAGGACACGGUCUCCUACAACUACUCCUUCUUCCACUUCUGCCUCUGCCUCGCCUCUCUGUACAUCAUGAUGACACUCACCAACUGGUACAGGCCAGACGAUGUCACCAGGAAGAUGGUCAGCACCUGGACUGCAGUCUGGGUGAAGAUCUGCGCCAGCUGGGCAGGGCUGUUCCUCUAUCUCUGGACCCUGGUUGCCCCCCUCCUUCUGCCCAACCGAGACUUCAGCUGAGACUGGUCCAAUCCCCAGUGCCAUUCUUGCCUGACCAAAGAUGCCUUGUUGCCAAGGGUCAGAUGACUUCGGUCCCUCUUGUAGUCUGGCUCCCACAAUCCCCCCUUGUCUCCCCUUCUCCAGACCUUCUGCCAUAGAAGUACCCAUCCUCCCUUUCUCUCCCCUCUUCCCUAAAUCCAGUGUGGAAGGAGGGAGGUGGGGAAAGCGUCCUGAACCUUGGGGCCAUUGAACAAGAUGGCUUCUAUGAACCCUUUCAACUGUAACCUUCCGUGAGUGAGCCUGUGAAUAGCCCUGGAUGUGGCUGAGUUGGAACUCGGCUUCUUUCUUCUUGGUGCCUUGGGGGGCUUGGAUGGGACCUGGCAGGGCCGGGUGAGGGUUAUGGGGGCACCCAUUCUCCUCUUGUCCUGCUGUCCCCUUCUCCCCCUGCCCCCAAUGCCUUGUUACAUAACUUUCAGCUCUCCUCCAGAAUGGGUGUCCUCCCUCAGAAUGGGCAGGAAAGCUCGAGCCUUCCUCUCGGUUUCCUGGCCAGCAGGGAGGCCACUGGGCUGGGAGGAAAGAUUCCCCAGGUUGGGGUGAGUUUGUUCUCCAUCCCACAUCCCCCCUUCUUCUCCUCCAUUCCUGGGCUCUGUGUCUUUUAGGAACCUUUCCACUUUUUAAUAUUUAAAAACUCAAUAAUAAACAUCCAGUGGGUUUGCCUUACUGA